CUUCCUCACCCAGUCUGUGUGUCUAGAUGACACAACAGUCAAGUUUGAGAUCUGGGACACAGCUGGGCAGGAGCGGUACCACAGCCUGGCCCCCAUGUACUACAGGGGUGCCCAGGCCGCAAUUGUGGUUUAUGACAUUACUAAUCAGGAAACCUUUGCCCGGGCAAAGACCUGGGUGAAGGAGCUGCAGCGGCAGGCCAGCCCCAGCAUCGUCAUCGCCUUGGCGGGGAACAAAGCCGACCUCGCCAACAAGCGCAUGGUGGAAUACGAAGAGGCUCAGGCAUAUGCAGAUGACAACAGCUUAUUAUUUAUGGAGACUUCCGCUAAGACGGCUAUGAACGUGAAUGAUCUCUUCCUGGCAAUAGCAAAGAAGUUGCCGAAGAGUGAACCCCAGAACCUGGGCGGUGCGGCGGGCCGGAGUCGGGGCGUGGACCUCCACGAGCAGUCCCCGCAGAACAAGAGCCAGUGUUGUAGCAACUGAGGGGGCUGGCAGCAGACACGUGUGGCGUUAGCACGAGAGCUAAAACAUAACCUCUCCAUCCCCACCCUCAGCACACAGCCCCCACGGUAACAGCACACUGAGCCCCGGCUCCCGAGGGCC